UGAAAACAGAGGUAAAAAGGCAGUUCCCAGCUUAUAUAAACACUUGUCUCUUGUACCCCAACCAAAAACUCAAAACCUAUCCAUGAAACCCUUUCUCUUUCACAUGUGUUUGUUUUAGUCUCCUUGCUUUCUUCCCCCUUCAAACCCUUUCCAUUUCCAUUCAAAUCAAGAAACCUUAAUUUUCCCAAUGGGAUGUAACUUUCACCAACAAAGCCAAACCAUCUAACAGCCCAUCCCAAGAAAGCAAUUGAACAAACAAAAAGGAGUUAACCAUUCCUUCUACAUGGAAGGGUUUAACACCUCUAUCCCCAUUAUACCCAUUUCCUACACCUUUGCCAAUUUCACUGGAAGUGCUAGUAGCAGUAGUACUCACACCAAAUGUGAUGGCGUUACUACUCCAUGGAUGGACAGUAGGAUAUGGAGCAGGCUCCCCCGCAGCCUUGUCGACCGCGUCGUCGCCCUCCUCCCGCCUCCGGCCUUUUUCCGAGCCCGUUCCGUCUGCAAGAGAUGGUACGGGCUCCUAUUCUCCAACAGCUUUCUUGAAUUGUACUUGCAAGUCUCCCCUCGCCGCCACUGGUUCCUAUUCUUCAACCGGAAAUUCCUGAACAAGAACUACAUCUACAGAAACAACAACAACAACGGGGACAGGGCCAACUCCGAGGCUUACCUCUUUAACCCUGACGACGUCUCGUGGAACCGGAUUCCGUUCCCUCUCGUCCCGCCGGGCUUUUCUCCGGCCUCAUCGUCCGACGGCCUGGUUUGUUGGGUUUCGGACGAGGCCGGUUCGAAGAGCCUGCUCCUUUCCAACCCGCUUGUCGGGUCGCUUAUUCCACUCCCUCCCACGCUACGGCCACGCUUGUUUCCUUCCAUUGGUAUGACCGUUACUAACACAUCGGUUGAUCUCGUUGUGGCCGGAGAUGAUCUUAUAUCUCCGUUCGCCGUGAAGAAUCUAACGGCCGAGAGCUUUCAUGUGGAUGGAGGGGGAUUUUACUCGUUGUGGGGAACCAAUUCUUCACUCCCUAGGCUUUGCAGCCUUGAAUCAGGUCGAAUGGUCUAUGGGGGAGGAAGAUUUUACUGCAUGAAUUACAGCCCAUUCAGUGUUCUAGCUUACGACGUGGCGACAAACCAUUGGUGCAAGAUUCAAGCCCCGAUGCGAAGGUUCCUGAGGUCGCCAAACUUGGUGGAGAGUCGUGGGCAGAUGAUUCUGAUUGCAGCUGUGGAAAAGAGCAAGCUGAAUGUCCCCAAAAGCCUGAGGCUGUGGGGGCUACAAUCUUGUGGAACCACAUGGGUUGAGAUUGACAGAAUGCCUCAGCAACUCUAUGUCCAGUUUGAGGAUGUGGAAGGUGGAAAAGGGUUCAACUGCGUCGGUCACGGGGAGUUCAUCGUCAUAACGAUUCGCGGGUCCGACAAGGCGGUGCUGUUCGAUUUCUACAGGAAGAGGUGGCUGUGGGUUCCCCCUUGUCCUUUCGCUUGCGGCGGUGGCGGUGCUGGUGGUAGCAGCAGCGGAGAUGGUGGUGGUGGGGAAUUGCAUGGUUUUGCAUACGACCCCAGACUUGCCAACCCGGUUACUGGUCUCCUCGAUCAGUUGGCACUUCCCUUUCAGCCCUUUAGUGGCUAGUCAUGUUUAUUUUCUAUUAAGUGACUAAUUUGGCAUGUAAUCUCCAGUACCUGUUGUUGCAGAAGAAAA